AUGUAUUCUCUUCAGUUGGCCGCGUUAGCGAUCUUGAUUGUGCAGAGUGUCGCGCUGCCUUGGCUUGGUCCCCAGGCAACUACGAUAAGAGAGCCAACCGCACCUGGUAGAACGACUGCAGCACCUUUUCUCCACGAAAGGGACGAUAAACAGUUUCCGGUCGGAGUCUGCGGAUGGAUAGGCGGGAGAGGCGACUUGCAAGUCACCUGCAAACCACACUCCUCCUGUGUUUGGCAAACGAAUCUGGGUGUAAUCGGGUGCUGCACAACUAUUGGCACAGACUGCGGAAUUUACACGAGCUGCGUCGAUAAAAAUGCUGAAAAACAGACCGAAGACCAAAAAGACGUCUACACAUGCACAGCAGACGAUCUUUGCUACAGAAAUUCAUAUCCACUAGGCUACUACCAAUGGGGCUGCGGCAGACCGAAAGAUGCAACCACUGUACUGACUACCAUUAAUGGCUAUAAUGGCCCAGCAACGCUACAGAUAGCAUUAACGGGAGACCCUGCACCGCCCACAAUGUCAUCAGAAGCUGAACCUCCGUCUCCAUCUGUAGUCACUCGCACAGUGACAAAAUCGGAUGAGACGACAGCUAGCAGUGAAAGUCCUACGCAGUCACCAACAACAACUAAGCCGCCUACAUCUGACACAUCGUCAAGCCAGACAGCAGCACUUCCUGUCACAACAUUAACGGCAGCCCCCGAACCAGAACAGUCAGAUAAUAAGAAGCCAGUGGGAGCGAUUGCAGGCGGCACAGUUGGUGGUAUAGCAGGUGUAUCAUUGAUUGGCGCUCUGCUAUUCCUCCUCCUUCGGUCUCGACGCCGUAAGCAACACACGGAAACUCCUGGUGCUGCUGCUGAGCUGGAGAGCCCGAAACCACCACAGGAAAUCAGCUCCUGGUCCCCGUCUCCAGCUAGUGAGAUAGACACGCCAAAGCCGCGAGUGGCGUCGGUGGGUGCACUGGGGAUUCCCCGUAAGGCUGUGCCUCCACCAGCGCCGCCGCAGACUGCAGUCGAGCUGCCGUAAUCUAACGUGAGAAGGGCACAUUUUUCUUUGGGUUUCUUUUUCUACGUUUCAUGUCUUGCUUUGCUGUCAGAUUUACGGUUAGAUUCAGGCUUCGUUCCUGUCUCAGCUAUGUCGGAGUAUUUGCGUUUCAUAUCCAUUAUUCCCCGAAGUCAACCCUAACCCUUUGUAAGUUGCAGACAUAGCACACAGUCGUUAGGAAGCAUUGCUAAUAAAAAUGUACAGGGGCUGGUAUUCAAUAAUCUUGA